UUAAUUCUUCGCCUCACUUUUUUUUUUCUCCAGCGGUCAUUCAAACAUCAUUAUUUUUUUUUGUUUGAUGAUCUCUGAAACCUUUACUACUCAACUUCGUCUCCUCACCGUCCGAUGUAUUGACUUUAUUUUCACCGAUCAAAACUAAACUUUGACUUUCAAACAAUCCGGCGACGAUGGGUCACUGUUACAGCCGGAACAUUUCCACCGUCGACGAUGACGGCGAGAUCCCCGCCGGAACAGCUCAGUUACCUCGUCGUUCUAAUGCCAACCACCACCAGACGACUUCAUCGUCUAUUCCCCAGUCUCCGGCUGCUUCGGAAGUCAACCCUUACACAAUCAGCCCAUUCCAAAGCCCGUUACCGGCGGGAGUAGCUCCGUCUCCGGCGAGAACUCCGGGAAGAAAAUUCAAAUGGCCGUUCCCGCCUCCUUCACCUGCGAAACCAAUUAUGGCGGCUCUGAGACGGCGACGAGGUGCAGCACCACAGCCGCGAGACGGUCCGAUCCCUGAAGAUAGCGAAGAAGUCGAUCACGGUAGAGCCGGAGGUAGCGGUGGCGGAGUCGGAGGGAGGUUGGAUAAGAAUUUUGGAUUUGCUAAGAAUUUUGAAAGCAAGUAUGAGCUUGGGAAAGAGGUGGGUCGAGGGCAUUUUGGUCAUACUUGUUGGGCUAAAGCAAAGAAAGGCAAGAUCAAAGGUCAAGCUGUUGCUGUCAAAAUCAUCUCUAAAUCUAAGAUGACAUCAGCUUUAUCGAUUGAAGAUGUUCGUCGAGAGGUGAAGUUGUUGAAAGCUUUGUCUGGGCAUAGUCAUAUGGUUAAGUUCUACGAUGUGUUUGAGGAUGAUGAUAAUGUCUUUGUUGUUAUGGAGUUAUGUGAAGGUGGGGAGCUAUUGGACAGAAUUUUGGCAAGAGGUGGUCGAUACCCGGAAGCAGAUGCUAAGCGUAUUCUUGUGCAGAUUUUAUCCGCAACUGCUUUCUUCCAUCUUCAAGGUAUUGUGCACCGUGAUCUGAAACCGGAGAAUUUUCUCUUUACCAGCAAAAGUGAGGAUGCAGUACUCAAGGUUAUAGAUUUCGGCUUGUCUGAUUUCGCUAGAUUCGAUCAACGUCUCAACGAUGUGGUAGGGAGUGCAUACUAUGUUGCACCUGAAGUACUCCACAGAUCCUAUAGCACUGAGGCUGAUAUAUGGAGCAUUGGUGUCAUAUCUUACAUAUUACUCUGUGGAAGUAGACCAUUUUACGGAAGAACCGAGUCUGCUAUUUUUCGUUGUGUUCUUAGAGCAAAUCCGAAUUUCGAAGAUUUGCCCUGGCCUUCAAUAUCUCCUAUUGCCAAAGACUUCGUGAAAAGGCUUUUGAACAAAGACCACAGGAAAAGAAUGACAGCUUCUCAAGCUUUAGCUCAUCCAUGGCUUCGAGAUGAAAACCCUGGUUUACUUCUAGAUUUCUCUGUCUACAAAUUGGUGAAGUCUUAUAUUCGAGCAUCGCCUUUCAGACGAGCAGCACUUAAGUCUCUAUCGAAAGCUAUACCCGAAGAAGAACUCGUGUUCCUUAAAACACAGUUUAUGCUUCUGGACCCAGAAGAUGGAGGCCUGUAUCUUCACAAUUUCACUACGGCUCUGACAAGAUAUGCUACGGAUGCUAUGAUCGAAUCUAGGCUUCCUGACAUUUUAAACUUGAUGCAACCCUUGGCACAUAGAAAACUUGAUUUUGAAGAGUUUUGUGCUGCUGCGGUCAGCGUUUAUCAACUUGAGGCUCUUGAAGAAUGGGAACAGAUCGCAACGAUAGCCUUUGACCACUUUGAACGUGAAGGAAGCAGAGCCAUUUCUGUCCAAGAACUCGCCGAGGAGAUGAGUUUGGGACCAAAUGCGUAUCCUCUGCUUAAUGAUUGGAUCCGAAGUUCAGAUGGGAAGCUGAAUUUCUUAGGCUAUGCCAAGUUCUUGCACGGUGUGACUGUUCGUAGCUCGAGCUCGAGGCCGACGAGGUGACUUCUAACUUUGCAGAAUCAGUCCCUAAUCGUAUAAAACAUGAAUUAUAAUUAUACUGUCGAUUCCAGAGGAACCCAUUCUAAAGCCAAACAAACAAAAAGGAAGAUUAUUUUGUACUAUAUUAUUAAGCAUUUCUUUUUGUAUUUAAAUUCCGGUUUGUAUAGGAAGAAUUGGUUGAGCUGUUGUUGUGGUUCGGUUCUGGUUUUGUUUCCCCUGAGCAAUCGUAUUGUUUCUCUAUUGGAGGUGUAAUAAAUCGAGAUCUAGAUACAGUAAAAAAUUUCUGUGCUAAUUCAACAAUUAACAUCA